AUGGAAUUGACCGACGAUGCCAGCGCUCUCUCCAGCCAUGGCUCGUCGGACGCGGCCGCCACUGGACUUGGUCAGGUUUGUGACCGAUGUCGGCAGAAGAAAGUGAAGUGCGACGCGGCACUCCCGUCCUGCGGAUCCUGUCUAGCUGCGGGUGUCCUUUGCGAGAAGUCGGCGAAGCUCCGGAGGAGAACAAAGAUACGGGGCUACCAAAUCAAUAUGGAAGACCAGUUAAAAAGAGCCCAGGCGGAAAAUGCAGAGCUCAAACGUUUGCUGCAGGCGGAGCGUGAAGCAAACACGGUACUUCGCCGUCAGAAUCAAGGACUGAUGCCGGGCUCGCUAGAGGGCCCUGACAUUCCAGAGACCCGUACAGCACUGCUUAGUAGCACUUCGGGAAAGACCCGGGAAUCCGAGGUCGCGGCGGCAACACACGAACAAUCGCCUACCGUGCUUAUCCAGCAUAUGGGGCGGCUUGUCACUGAUCAAAUGGGAACCCAAAGGUUUGCGGGCACGACAACGGGAAUCCAUUUCGUCCUAUCCACACAACAAGCGAUUAAGACGCGCAUGGAUGUGAUAGGAUGGUUCCCAGAAAGUUGUUUCAGAUUAUACCUUCUACAGAUGCCAAUUCACGAGCCUGCUGCUUCUAUCCUGGGCCCCGGGGACAUCCUUAGCCUUGAAGAUUCAUUGCGACUUUUCGGACGUCUCUGUCCACAUACCCCAUCCUAUUAUGCUGGCCAUGUCCACCGUUUCAUCACUUCGUGGUCAGCUUACUGCCCUAUAAUAGCUGCAUCUGAUUUCCAGACCAAGCUCACCAGCCUGCUGGAACGUUCGCAACAGGGAUUACACGAGCUAUCGAUUACAGAUGUUGACUGCUGUAUCGCUUUUCAAUUGGUCAUCAUCCUAUUGAUAAACAACUCGAAUAUUGAUGCGAGAUCAGCCCAUGACUUUCUGUCUGAUCGGGAUAUAGAAGGCAUGGGAGUAGUCUCAAGGACGCUGUUCAUUCGGAUGAUGCAAAUACGAACCCAGCCUAGCCUCCAAGGACUACUGCUUCUGGGCCUCUACUUCCAGCUAACCGGCCAGAACCAGCAUAUGAUACAAUUAAGUGGCCUUAAUGUCCAGUUUGCCCAUUCCUUGGGAUUACAUCGACACAGUCGCCGUUUCACCUAUUGCGCCUCUGAAAUCGAAUUGAGAAGGAGAAUCUGGUGGUGCGUAUAUAUCUAUGACAAGAUGGCGGCUAUUACGCACGGGCUGCCGAAAUUGAUCAACGACUCCAAUGUCGACAUUGAUAUGCCAGUUGAUUGCGACCUUCAAGUUGUCACAGCCACUGACCUGACCUAUCCUUUACCCGGAGAAUCUACGCCGAUCCGAGAUUUCAAUCAUUUUGUCCAUCUAAAUCAACUUUUCUCCUCAGUACUCACACAGUUGUACACGACAACAGACCGUCGUGGCGGACCUGAGAAAAUGGAGCGCCUGUCCGCCGCGUUGCAAAGCUGGGAACAACGCUUCAUCAUGCAUAGCCAUGACUUUUCUUCUGCUCUACCGGCACCUCCCAAGGACAGUGGUCUCGACCCGGCCGCAUCCGUGCUUCCACUAAUGGCCGAGGUUGCGAGAUUACUCAUCCAUCGGCCGGGUCUUACUUUCGAUCCGGGGACACCACCCUUUCGACAGUGCCUUGACGUGUGCACAGAAGCUUCUACGAACAUUAUCAAUAUUGCAUCGAAAAGAACUGGCUGCAAGACUCUCAAUAUCAUAUACCCACCGAUAUGUGGUUUGAUAUUCCAAUCUGCACUGAUGCAUGUUUUUUAUUAUUGUCACGCCGCGAAGGACCACAUGCCGGAAUCGUCUGCGACUGCGUCCAGCGCCGAAAUCAUUCAGAAGGCCAUUGGCUUUCUGGACUGGACCAUGCAAUCUCAGAACAGAGAGGGUCAGGAUUCAGGUGAUACUGGCCGCUCAGUCGGCCAGGCGUUGCAACUUCUACGAGCCAUCUUGCAAGUUUUGCCGGUACUUGCCGACCCCUCGAGCUACGUGGACGACUCUAUCGAUUGUGGCAUUCCGGGAAAUGCAGGUUCGGCGAGCCAGCAACCGGGCCCUACUUUGCCUGCACAUGAGUUGAACACCAUCUUCGAUGAACUAAUGUGUUCUCCUCUCGAGGGUAACGAUCUCAUGGGAUCUCUUGAUUGGCUUCUUGACACCGAGUUUAGCCCCUGGGCUUCGAGGUAG